GUGUGGUACUAAAAUUUUUAAACUAAUUUAUUAAUAAUCAGUUUAUUAAAUGUCUAUGUUUUGUUGUAUUCUAUGAAAUUAAAGUGUUUAUAAUCUACGAGAGCACAUACACCGGUUGAACCAUUUAGUAAAAAAAGUCCAUCAUAAAAUGUCAUCAGAAGUUCUCAACGUUGCUAGACGAAAGUUAAAUGAAGCACUUGCAGAGAAAUCAACCAAGUACUUUACCCACAUGAAACAAUGGUUUCGAAUGAAGCUGACCAAAGAAGAGUUUGACGCAGAAGCGCGUGCCAUGCUCAAUCCAGACCAAGUUCAUUAUCACAACGAAUUUUUGCUCGCCCUGUUAAAUAAAGUCGAAGGCUUAGCAGAAACUUCCAUAACUAUCGCACAAGAGAAAGCUAGUUCCCACCAAAGGAACAGUCGAAGGCAUAAACGAACGUCGCGAACAUCAGAGAGAUCAAACUUUGAACCAGUUGAUUUAAUAGAAUUUUUGCCUCCCAAUUCACCCCCCGGUGCUGGCAGUGAUGGUGUUAAAUAUGCUUCACAGGAAAUAUUCUUACCAGACCAUGCCCUAGUAGUAGGCCGUUUUAUGUUGGCUGCUUGGGAAUUAGGUCUAGAAGGAGCAGAUGAUGAUGCUGCAGAUAUAAUAGUAGUUGCUGUACAAAAUUUCCUCAAGAACAUAAUCACAGCAAUUGUCACCCAACGCAAAGGUUACAAGACCCGUAGUAAUCACUUUGUGUAUGAUGUUGGAGGUGACAUGCCUAAUAUGUGGCUGCGCAACACGAGUAAACUGUAUGAUCCUCAAGAAGAAGGAAGAGUGAAUGUUGAUGAUGGUCCUGAUGCAUUAGCGCCAAGAUGUCCCCCCACAAUUGAUGAAGUAGAACAAUCUGCUGCUUUUGAGAUUGCAUGCAGUGUACCCGUUACAGAGCCAAAUGAUGACAAAUUGACAAUUGAUGAGUUCUACAACACUUUGAUGACACACAGGAAUAUAAUAGCAUGUCAUUCAGUGUAUGCUGUGAAUAUGGAGAGGCUAGCAGUAAUGCUUAAUCACCCUAGUUAUUGAUGGGUAUUGUAAAAGUUGUAAAUACUAAUUUCUUGUAAAUAUAGUUUUGUAUUAAAGGUUUAACAAGUGAAAAACCAUUGAGUGGUUUCUAUGAGCUAAUCAAAAGCUACACUUAUUUUGUACUAGCAGUGCCCCGCGGUGUUACCCGCGGUUUAUUAGGGAUAUUUUCCCGCAGUAAAACGUAGCCUAUGUGUUAAUCCAGGGUGCCAGCUAACUCCAUACCAAAUUUUAUUAAAAUCGCUUCAGCCGUUUAGACGUGAAGAAGUAACAAACAUACACACUCACAAACUUUCGCCUUUAUAAUAUUAGUGCGAUUAUAAACUUUAAUGUUUAAUAAACUGUUGCAAUGAAACUGUUUAUUAACUACUCAAAAAAAACUAUAAGAACAAAGACAAUUGUCCUCAUAGUGCUAGAAUUAAAUAACUAAAAAGACCCAACUUCUGUUUCUUGUUUUAAUUUUAUAUUCUAGAUUCUCAGUGCCAUUAUGAAUUAAUAAUGAAAAAAAUUAUGUAUAACAUAAAAAUGUACAGAAAAUUUUGUUAACAAAAUUCAUGUAAAUUUUUAAUUCAUAGACAAAUAAAAUUGUAAGUACUUAAAAAUUCUUCCACUAUAAUGCGAUUCAACUAAGAAUAGGACCGACUAGGCGCCAUAUUUUGACAUCAUAGCUGUCAUUUCAAACCAAAUAGGUAGAGUGAGUAAAAAAAUGUUACUAAAACUUAUUUAAUAAGAUUAAGUGAGACAAAACAUCAGAUUUUCUAAAAAAGUUAAUUUACUAAGGUUGAGAAAGAACACAACCGAUUUUUAAUAGUAUUUCUUUAUUAAGACUGUGUAAAAAAUAAUAAUAAUCAUUACUGCCGGAGAAGUUAUGAAUAAUCAUGCAAUGUGACUUGCAUGAUUAUUCAUAACUUCUCCGGCACGAACAUGCAUCCUAUAUGUAAACGAAAGUUUUAAAUCGAGUUUUUGAACACACCAUAAAGUGAAAUUUGGUUGACGAUUUAGGUUAUCAACCAUUCAUACCCAAAGCUCAAUAAAUGAAAAAAAAAGACUAAUAAUAUUUAUCAACAUUUGUUAUUGUUUGUUUAAAAAUGUUUGAAUUUAUUCUAGAAUCAGCUGAGUGCUAAAAAAGUGUUCCGAGAUUUUUUUGCAAACCGUACUUUUCAAGCUACAUUUGACAGGUGGAGGUCAUUGGCUUUCCUAUUCUUAUUUGACUCGCAUUAUACAAUGACAAUAUUUUCAAUACCAAUUCUUUAAUGACAAACACUAAAGAUAAGUUAUAAGCGCCUGCAAAGAGAUGAGUCUCUGUUAUUAAGAAAUUGAAUGAACAAAUGAAAUUACUUUACCCAAAUUGACUUAUUGAAAGGUUCGAUCUUUUGAAUCAUAUAAUAUUUUUUCCUAAAAUAUCAUUUUAUAGCCCAUGAAGAAAUCCCUAUAACUACUUCUUGAUCUCAAACAAGAUCCAAAAAGAAAAAAGUUAAAAGAAUAAUUAAUGUUUAUUAACAAUAAAUAAAAUGUAAUGACAACACUAACAAAAUGUAAUGGAAAUGUCAAUAAUAAUGGAUUGAUAAAAAUAACAUCUACAUAAUAAUGAGUAAUCACAUUCUAGACAGACUGACAAACAAGUAAAGAUUUAUAGUAGAAAAAAGAAGAAACAAAGAAUUAUCACAAAUUUAAAUAAUAAAGAACAUACACAUAAAAAUCUAAAAACAAUAUUUGCAUUUACUCGGCUCUUGUUGUCUUCCUUUAUGACAAGCAAAUGAAAAAUCUAUUUAUUUAAAUGAUCUAACAAAAAAUAUUAAAAGCUCCUACAUAUUGACAAGAAUAACUUUAUGGCUGACGUUGAUAUUUUGACGACCUCCAUGGCCGAGUGGUUUGUACGCCGGGUUUCAUGGUGUCGCCGACUCGAGAGGUCCCGGGUUCGAAUCCCGGUGGGGGCAGAUGUUUGUGUGAUGAAUACGAGCAUUUGUACUCCAGUCAUGGAUGUUUAAUAUGUAUUUCUAUAAUAAUAUACUUAUAUAUGUAUUGUAUAUGUAUUCUAUCCGUUAUCCUAGUAUCCCAUAACACAAGCCUUACAGUGCUUACUUUGGGGCUAGGCUAAUUGGUGUGAGUGUUGGAAAUAUUAUUAUAAAUAUUAUUACUAUAUAUGUUUAUCACCAAUAGAAGAAAAAUCGCAGGAGUACAAUUUAACUGGUACUGGCAGUUUGAGCUCCCGCAUCUGUAUUUUUUUACUAUAUAGUUUUAUUACCAGUUUCAUGUAAAUCAUUCAUACAGAUAUGGUUGUGAUAAAAAAAAAAGUGUAUUUGACAAAAUUCAACUUUACAUAAUGCACUUAAAGUAGGUACCAGGAUUAAGUAAUUGAAGCCAUUUGGUUAUCCUUGUCAAUUAUGUGUUGCUAAAUAUUAUCACAAACAACUCAUUCAUCUAUUUACGUACAUAUACAAGUAUCAUUUAAAUAUUUUAAAUCUUAAAACAUCUGCAGACAUGUGAGGUUUUCUCCACAAGCGGACACGUUUUUCUGCGUUUGUGGAGUACAAAAUUCAAACAAUGAGGGCUAUCGUUUUUUGUCUCACCAGAUGGCGCCACUGUUGAGUGAGGUCCUGAAGUGUAACUUUUAAAGUUAGUAAACACGCUCGUGAUAUCAAAGUUUACAUUUUAAUACAAAAGAAUCGUAUCUUAAACAUAAUCGCCCAUGCCACAGUGUUGCGCAGUCCCGUUUUGUUCGGAAAAAAGAAGGACAAGAUUUUUUCUUAGCUCCGCUUUUAAAUAACUGACAAUCAUUGACACGUAACUCAUAUUUGCCAUAAUAAGUCUGAUUUAUUACCAAAUAUUCACCACUAUUAUUUUAAUUAGAAAAAAACCGCGUAGUCAACCCGCAAGCUAUAACAUUUGACAUUUCGGAGACCUCACGCAACACAAGCGCCUCUAGCGGCAGUUUCAGACGCGAUAGCCCUCAUUAUGUAGGUACAAGUAGUUUCUACCUAGAUACUCAACAUUGAAAUUGAUGAUGGAAAAUUCAAACUAGAAAAAGUGUUAAAAAGUUAUUCAGAAACCACGCACACGUUCACAUCUACACGCCGUAUCCUGAGCGCAGACCCGAGAAAAAAUUCUGGACUCUCAAUUUGGAUUAUUAAUUUACAAAUUACAUCGUAACAAAAAUUUAAAAUAUUGGUAAAAAUAUAAAUUACACAAUUUUUCUUUGUGUCUAUCAAAGAUGUAACAGACUACAAAAAUUUUAUGUGACUAAUACAGUCUGCGUCUAAGCACGUCAAGCCAAAAUCUCGCAGAAAAGUUUUAUUUAAUCUUACUGAGUAGGUACCUAUAAUACAGUAAAUAUAAUCUCACAAGAAAUCUAUUCUGAGAUUCAUUAAUUUUUAAAUACCUUCAUCAUUUUUCGAAGACUUCAACAUUAAACAACUGCAUAGGGCUUACUAGUAAAAUGUCAGAAUUCUUAUAAUGCUUCUGAGAUGGCACUGGCGUCAGAGGGAGACUGCACAGUCACAAUGGGAACAUGACGGGUCGUCUGCGGGGAGAGCCUAGGGCUCAUCCGGCGCGGUCCCAGUUCCUGUAUUUCUAUUACGGCCGGCUCCUCCUGUCGGGCCGAGCCUAGAAACCGUCUCUUCUUCCACACCACUAUACCGAGCACGCUAAGUAUCGCUGCGGCUACGAUGGCACCGAAUGUGAUGCCCGUAGCUGAUGCUGUCGACAUUGUGUAUAGACCUGAGUGGAACGUUUGAAAUACUUUUAUCUAAACUAUUCAAUCAUCAUCAGCCUAUGAAUGUCUCUACUGCUGGGGUACAGUACGGAUAGGAACGGGAGAUUGGGUCAUGCAUGGCCCACCACGCUUCCACACCACUAUGCGAGCACGCUGAGUAUCGCUGCGGCUGUGUUUACAACUGCAGAUGCAGCCGGAACCAACGGCUUAAUGUGCCUUCCAUAGCGCGGAGGAGGUGAUAAUAUAAUAUUUAUUGAACACCAUCCAACGGCCAGCCAUUGCAAAAGAGACUUAACUUCUAAGAACACGCUAAUGCACUGCGCUAUCGAGCUCCUCAAUCUUAAGUGACUUUCAGGGCUUCCUUAAAUACUUAGUAUAGAUUCAUCCGGACCUAACAGGUAAAGCUGUUUCUGCCUUCCAACCCCCAGGCCUAUUCGCUAAGUUCUUUUGACAGAUGGAAGUGAUAAUCACCAAGCUAUUUAGUGAUCCACUUCUAAAUUAUUAUAACGUCGCUAAGAUACUUAUCCUGAAAAAGCAUCGAUGGAUAUGCAAUUUUCCCUUUAGUUAUACGCUGUAAAUAUUUAAAAAAGCUAGUUAUUAGGCCGGCUGAAGCGGCUUUUCCUAUAGUGUAGUGUAUUGUGUGCUUUGCACACGGGUGCAACGGCAACUGUCUCCCAUAAGUCAUUGGGCACCGCGCUUUACUUGCCACCAUUACAUUUUGACCGCGCACUUACUUAAGCAUGAUAAUAUUGUCGAUGUGUUCCUUGCCGUCGUCGAGGCCGGCGCCGCAGGUCGGUAGUGAUCGCGCAGUCGCCGUGAUCGAUGCUCUUAUUUUGGGGAAAGCAAUACUUCUCUGCCUUCACAGCCGCCUUAAAGUUUGUAUCGCAAUAUAUAACUAUACCAACCUUCGACUUCAAGCAUGAUGUUAUCGAUGUGCUCCUUGCCGUCGUCGAGACCGGCGCCGCAGGUCCACAGCCCCACGUCCUCGUACCUAACCUUGCGGAUGGUGACCGCGCAGUCGCCGCGGUCGAUGCUCUUGUUUUGGGGAAAGUAGUACUUCCCGAGGAUCGGGCUGAACAAGGAUUUUGAUAAUAUUAGUGGCGAGUCUAUGACAAGCAGGGCCGGAUGGGCUUUGGCCCACAUGAGAGGGUGCCCCACAACAGGGAUAAAACAUGACCAUAUUUCGGACGGGUCGCCAACUAGAGGGGUGCAAAUCGCCCUUGUUUGGGGCCUCCACUCCUUUGUUGCCCCUCUUCUCUAAGUAGUUGUUCUUGCAUCCGGUAGGGGCGCUGCAUUAAUUUUCAUACACUAUGAUGGCGAUGCGAAUACUUUCUCUUUAGUUGUUAGUGUUUGGGGUACACAUUCAACUUAGCAAUGUUCAAUUUAUAUUUCAUGGCAUUACUGGUAGCUCUAUGACUGAAGAUUGGACGGUUGGACGCAAAUAACUUAAAACAGUAAUCAUAUACUACGAACAUCUGUAUAAAUAAAAGACUAUAUUUUUUACUAUAGUUUAUUGCGCACCUUGUUUUUAAAUUUAAUUAAAUAAAAUCCCAAUGGGUCGGUUUGACUGCUAUAUUUUUUCCCCAUGGUAUUCUGGCCCGCCCAGGCUUUCGGACAACUUUUCCACUAAUGUUCCUUCUCCAUGUAAUGUAGGCCGUGGACCAGUGGCCAGUUGCCUCCUAAACCGUAGUACAUAUCUACUGCGACGAACCAGCAAGAUGAACUAAUGUUAAGUGUAAGUGAAGUCCAAUCGUGAAGAUAGCUAAAGCGGUAUAAACGAGUGCCGCUUCAGCCAUCCUUACCCUGCUUGCUGGCCCAGGAAAUUAAAACCUUACCUACUCACUCAAAUAAACAUACCAAAAGUAAGUAGCAUUAUUUAACUGUGAUUUUCUGUAAAGUUAAAAGCUUACAUUAAAACUACUCUCUUCUAAAAGUACCUACUAAGUAUGAGCAGGCGAAAUUUUUUUUUAACUUUAAAACUGUUUUAGGACGAUGCUUUUUUUAUCAAAUCCAAGUUAAAUGAUAUUUUGGUACAUACUUGUCUGCUGUAACAGACGAGCUCAAACUGAAUGGGCUGUCGUUGGGCGGCUCGAAACGGCAGUACUUCAAUGAGAUCAUCCCCUUAACGGUCGCGCACUCGAGGGUUACCGGCUUCCCGUGGACUGCUGUCACGUUGGGCUGGAUCGCUGCCACCUUGCAAAAUGAAAGAAAUUUUUUGCUGUUUGAACCAACGAUAUUAAAUACCCUAGAUACAACAACACGAACAAAUUCGUGUCGAAGUCCAAAAGGUACAUGGGACGAUCCACGGAGCUCCGUAAGAUGAUCGCGUACUCAAAAACAAUAUAAGGCAUUAUUUAAACAUUGAAAGUCACCUUUAAUACGGUCUGUAUAAGGUCAUAAUUAAAACGCAUGUGUCAAAGAGUUAUGACAGUGCGAAAUGCAAGCUCGUAAAUUUUAAGAAUUAAUGCUAUUUGCGGAAGAAUACAGACCUUAUUUCUUUGUCUCUACGCGCAAUUCUGAAUGCGCUGUUAGCAAUAUAACAGGUACGGAUCGUGAGGAAAAAAGACUGCAAUAUAAACGACAACCAUGCAUUUGAAUAUUACAAAUAUUUUCUAUGAAAUCAGCUUAUAUUAGAACAAAAUUUGCUUCAAAUGCGGUAAAUUAACAAACAAUAAUUAGUUAUCUGUCGAAAAAACGACACUUUACGUAAUAAAAGUAUAUUUUUCGCAUCUUUUCACGGAGCUCUGCAGCAUCUUGACAUUUUUUUAGAGUUCCGUACCACAAAAGGAAAAACAGAACCCUUAUAGGAUCACUUUGUUGUUCGUCUGCGUCUGUCUAUCUGUGUGUCAAGAUCCUUUUUCUCGGGAACGGGUGGAGGUGUCGACUUGUUGAAGCGCGAAAAAAUCAAAUUUCUAAAUUAAUGGGGAAAAAGUUAAGGCUGUUUAUGUUGCGACCCUAGUACAUAACCCUCGGUGGAAGUGUCCUACUCGCUAUUGUAGGGUUUUUUAUGUUAGCUUGGUGGCGGAAGUGGUCGGCUCAACUUGUAACUUUCUCAAUAGUCAGUCAUUAUGGGUGACCAAAAACUUAUUAUCUCGAGCUCCUCCAUGCUUUGGAGGGCACGUUAAGCCAUUGGUUCCGGCUGCAUCUGCAGUCGUUAGCACUCAUCAAUCUGUACUGUGCCCGCGUGGUGUGUCACUUCACUGCCCAGUCUUCCUAUUCCAUCCAUAGGGUAGGCAUAUGCCCCAGCAAUGGGGACGUUAAUAUGCUGGUCAUGAUGAAGUUCGGGGUUAUGGAGUCAGAAUCAUAAUUUUCGAUCACUCCAGCCAAUCAUUUAAUUACCUGGUUGACGACUCGCAGAUGUAUAGUCUGCAUGAUAUCCACACCCACGGACUCCCGGCCGACGUGGCAGCUCCAUUGCCCGCUGUCCUGCUUGGUCGCCUUGACGCUAACGGCGCAAUGCCCGUUAUUAAGACCCUGCCCUGAAAACCUGUUCACAUUUAUAUUAACGGCUGUUUCUUUCUAAUUUGUUUUAUGUUUAAGAGAUGGCAAACAAGCUUAUGGCCCACCUGAUAGUGAGCGGACACAGUAGCCUAUAGAUUCUUGUGAUUAAAAUAUACUUAUGUUCGCUCGCUGUACUGCAGAUGUUAAAAUUACCUUGUUCAAGGCCUACUGCCAGUCUCUGUACACGUGCGCCCUGUGGGUCAGAUAUACGCAGCGGACAUACAACGCUAUCCGUGUCCAAUAUAAUAAUGGAUUGAGGAUGUUGUUGGGGCUCCAACGCUAUUGUAGUGCAUCGGGUAUGUUCGCAGAUGCCCACUUAGACGACUUCCCUUCAGUGAUGCGCAAGAGAAUUGCAUCGUUGAUGCACAGGGUUCGUGGGAGCGCCAAUUGUAUUCUCGAUGUUAUCGCAAAAAACCCGGAGUGUGCCAUUCUGAGGCACUGGGUUCAUACACAUGUUCAUGUGACCGGUGCCUCAGAAGGUAUAUAUAUGAAAUAACUUAAUGUACUAACAUAGUUUUUAAGGUUUGAUUGUUACUAACAUUUCUAUGGAUCUAGUAUCUGAAAUAAAAUAUUAUUAUUAUAUUUAUUAUUAUUAUUAUGACCACACGACUGAAGUGAAAAUUCUUAAGCUCCAUAUAUAUAUAUAUAUAUGUAUGUGUGUGUGUACAAUAUAUACAUGUAUGUACAUAUACAUAUUUCAUUUACAAUUAUCUUCAUUAUCUUCGAAGUAAACAAGAACACAAUUGACAAUUUUACAAUGGGUGCACAUGCAAAAAAAUAUCGUGAAAUUUGAAGGUUUCCCUCGGUUUCCCCGGAUUCCACCAUUAGAUGCUGACUUGGUUCCAAUGGGACCACCUCGGAAGUGUACUCUUUCGAAUAAAAAAAAUAGUGAAUGAUAAUAACUGGCAUCCUAUCCUAGAGAUAUGAAGAUCUUCCUAUCUAUACAAAUAUUAAAAAGCUGAAGAAUUUGUGUGUUUGUUUGAACGCUCUAAACCUAGGAACCUGGUCCGAUUUGAAAAAAAAAAUAUGUUGGAUAGUGCAUUUAUUUAGGAAGGCUAUAAGUACAUCACGCAACGGUCAGUACGAGCGGAGCAUCGAUGAAAAAUGUUGCAAGAACGGGAAAAUAUAUUGCAUUUCAGAGCUUCCAUUCAUACGUACGUUACGCGUAAUUAGUUAAAGUUACAUAAAAAUCAUGUAUGACGGAAUAGUUCCCCUUUAAGUUCUAUAAAAAGUCCGCGACCGCAUAUUGGCCAUCUUUUAAGUUUGACUCUUACUGAUAACCUUUUUCCGCAAAUUAACGCGGGUGAAAACGCAGGGGAACUCUAGUCUAACUAAUAUCAAUCCCGUAACUUAGUAUGGAACUAGUUGCAAAACUCAACACAGUUUUUAUUCACCACCAAAAAGUUGUACCUAUGUAAAAAUUGCGAAAGAAUUAUACUUUUAAUGGCUAAACUGUACGUCCAGGGCCCAAGUGGUGAUACUUCACACUAGGUUAGGUUAGUGUUGUGACCAUACAUAAAAGGUUCGAGUAUCACCUCUUGGGUCCUGGAAGUACUGUUUUACCAUGCUAUAAAUACUUACGAAUAUCUCUUGCCACUGGGGUGUAUAAAUCCACAAUACGUCAUGGGCAUAUCCGUUUGACACUGUAUGUUAACUUUUUCAUUUUCGAAUGCCAAUAUUGUGACCACUCCAUCCCUGUCGAAAACUCUGUACCCUGGACACAAAUAUACUGAUAACACGAAGAGGUUAUAAGCACACAAGCACAAAAAUAUUGAUCAUUGGGCGUACCGUAUAUGUUCACUAUAUUUAGAUUUAAAACGGUGAAAAUAAAAAUGAAAAUGUCCACAUCCAUUUUCACUAAUUUGUCAACAGCGUUAGUGACCGACGGCUAUUACAAAACUAGCCAGACUACCCUCAAAGUUGAUGAUAGUAAAAUGUCAAUAGGUCGUUACUUUAUUAAGAGUACAGUUGUGAUAACUUCACAUUAUAUUAUUAUUACCCAAGCUCGGUAUGAACCUGAUUAAACGGGUCUAACAUUUUCCAUAGCAGAUUCAUAAAAAAAAAUACGAAUCCUACUAAUAUUUAAAUGUGAAAGUUUUUGUUUGUGUGUUUGUAUGUCUGUUACUCAAUCACGCAAAAACUACUGAACGCAUUUAGAUGAAUUUUGGUACGCAUUUAAGUAGUUUACGACCUCGAUUAAGAAAGAAUACUUUUUAUCCCGAAAAAAUGUUGGUUACCUGUGAGAUUCUCAAAAAAUUAAAAAUAACGCAGACGAAGUCACGGGCGUGCGUUAGUAAUAUUAACAUUUUAGCAUAUACUUAGAUGCCGUACUCGUACGUACGUACGUACGUACAAAUCAACAUUUGAUUCUUGUCAUGUCCUAUGGUAUUAAAAACUAAAUUAGGAAAGCCUAAAUCUGGCUGAUUUGUGCUGUCAUGUGGCCGAUAAAAAUAUAUAUUGUAUAUUUGUGGUAAUGUUUGGUUGCAAUCAUCACUUUUCUUUUUAUUCCAGUCAAAUAUAUAUCCGAGAAUGAGGAUAUUAUAAUUUUGUUUGGUAUACAAAUAUUGUAAUUACAUAAUAACUAAUUUGUUUACAUAACAGAGUUUUAUCACUGCACCGACAGUGAUAGGGUAAUAGGGUCCUCUUCAUUAAUGAAUUGUAUUUGAUUUCAAAUCAAUUGAUGGUUUAUUUUAUUUAUAAACAUCACAGGGAUCCUUGUUGAAAAUUAUGAUAUUUAUUCGAUAUACGUUUAUUGCUAUAGCUUCCUGUAUAUACAAUGUCUAAAUUAAUAUCUAUACUAAUAUUAUAAAGCUGCAGAGUUUGUUUGUUUGUUUGAACGCGCUAAUCUCUGGAACUACUGGCACAGAAUAUAUACACUGCUACUGAUGAUUCUUUCAUUGUUGGGUAAUCCAUUUAUUGAGGAAGGCUAUAGGCUAUAUAUUUUUUUUCAAAAUUAGGGAUCCGUAAUAAAAUUGCUAUUUUGUAACACAAGGUGUAAAAUCGAAAACCUAUUUUUGCGUGCGCUGCAAAAACUAUUGACAAUAGAACAAAUUGAUGUACUACGGGUUUGAAGAUCUCAUUAAGACCUACAAAAAAGUCCCCGAGAACAUAUAUCUAGCUAUCAUGGUUUAAUCACAAUAACCGAUUUUGUGUUCAAAAUAAUUAUUAAAUCGUCUGAAGAAAAAAAAACUACGUUAAAUAUGUAUCGUAAUAUUAAAUCUUUAUCGAAAUUAAGCACUAUGUUAUCAAGAGUAUUUAUGUAGAAGUAAAAUACUGUUUGUUUCAUCUCAAUCGGAUAUUUCGUUUAAAAGUUAUCACGUGUGUAAGAUGUUAAGAGUUGGUACCUAUUAAUGAGUUAUGGGCCAUAGAGUUUUUUAUCAACAUAAAAUCCUGUAAUAAUCUUUUUCGAAAUAUAUUUGUUGAUGAUUGUAAGUAUAAGAUCUUAGGGUGCGGCCAGAGUGCACUCAGAUUCAGAUUCAGAUUCUGAAAACAAGCGCGAGAAAUAAACAGUGUAGUCUAAUCAGGUUGCCUGCUUUUUCUCGCGCUUUGUUUUCUGAGUCUGAAUCUGAAUCAGGAGUGCACUCUGGCCGUACCCUUCGACUACACUGUUUAUUUCUCGCGCUUGUUUUCGGAAUCUGAAUCUGAGUGCACUCUGACCGCACCCUUAGACAGUAUAAUACAUUUCUAAAAUAACUCUGCUAAGGAAAUCCACGCGCGCUUGAUGCACGCAAGACAAGACGCUGGCGAGACGAGGAGGCGGUUUUGUUUUGGUUUACAAGGUACCAUGCCGCGCGGCUCAGCUCAGACGCGUGGUCGGCUCCCUUUUGGUAUAUUUACCUUUCUCUAUGUCGGCUCCCUACGGAACGGUUGAAUGCUGCGUUGCGUAUUUGAAGUCAUUUACGAUAAUUCCUUUGACAUAUAUUUCAUACGACUUUUAAUAAUUACUCACCUUACGUUUCUUUUUCCUGAUCACUACGUUUCAGUUUAUUUUAAUUAAGUUUUAAUUUUAUACGGUUUUUCUUUUACCUCUUUAUAGUACAGUCAAUCUGUAGGUUGAGUGAUGAAAAAAAAACCUAAAGGGUAAGUCUUGUUCUUUCUAUUGCCAAAUGACGUCAGUAAGCCACCUUGGCGAUAGGCAUGUUCAACUCGUAGGCGUUUUUGAAAAACAAAAAAACCGUAAAAAAUUUUUUGAAACGCAUUUUUCUUGUUUUGUAUGCAUUUUAGAGACUUUUUUUUCGAACAUAAUUGUAGAGGGCGUUGAGUACUACAAUUUAUGUCAUUUUUGCAAUCUCGUACAACAAAAAAUGCGCAUUGUAGGUGGCGCUGAAGUCUCAAAAAAGUGUUAUUUCACUUUUUCACCCUGAAAAUAUCAUUUUAAUGGAAAACUUUAAAUGGCAAAGUUGUUUCGUACAUAAUUACCAACAACUUUUGUAUAAACAAUUUUUUUGUAUUACUUACCGUUUUCAAGUUAUAAAUUGCGCAGGUAUGAAAAAUCCAAUAGAGCGGUUUUGGGCAGUUCAAGUACACAUUUGCAGUGCACAUUUUUUCAAUCAUGAAAAAAAAUAAAAAAUAGUAAAACGUACAUUGAAAUGUGCACUGCAAAUGUGUACUUGAACUGCCCAAAACCGCUCUAUUGGAUUUUUCAUACCUGCGCAUUUUUUGUUGUACGAGAUUGCAACAAUGACAUAAAUUGUAGUACUCAACGCCCUCUACAAUUAUGUUCGAAAAAAAAGUCUCUAAAAUGCAUACAAAACAAGAAAAAUGUGUUUCAAAAAUUUUUUUACGGUUUUUUUGAGUUUUUCAAAAAACGCCUACGAGUUGAACAUGCCCAUCGCCCAGGUGGCUUACUGACGUCAUUUGGCAACAGAAAAAACAAGACACCCUUUAGGUUUUUUUUUUCACUGAAACGAUAUUUUUUUCGACAGAUUGACUGUACUAUUACUAUAAUGCCUAGGAAAAGAACUCAGUUAAAAAGAUACGGCAGUUUAUGUUGCGUACCUAUGAAUUUGCACGGAACCCUCGGAGGGCAACUCCGACUCGCGCUUAUACGGAUUUUUUGCUGCCAAUCCAUCAUAAAAUAAGAACAACCUACACAUAGGGCCAGCAAUAUUAUCAUUUUUGCAUAUGCUUAGAUUAAAAACCGUACUCUUAAAAUCAAAAUUUGAUUCAUGUCAUGUACUAUGGCAUUAAAGACUAAGUUAAAGCAGGCCUCCGUCACUCCAGGUAGGGGAACCUUUACUAAUGGUUGCCCCCCCACACUGAUUGGCCCUCUUGUAUUUUUACUAAUAUAUGUAUAAGUACAGAAAUUUAUAAAUAAAACACUGAACAUAUUAUUCUUAGAUAGAAAUUUUAUAUCUUACUAGUGGCCUGCCCUCGCUUCGCUUCGGUGUAGAGCUUUAGUGUAGAAUUCGACCUUUAAACCUUCCCUAGACCUCCACGAACAUUUCAAGACCAAGAUAAAAUAAAUCCGUUCAGCCGUUCUCGAGUUUUAGCGAGACUUACGAACAGCAAUUGAUUUUUAUAUUAAAGAUGACUAGCAAACCAGUGAACCAAAUGUUCACCAAAACCUGUUUAAAAAAAAUGUACGCGGACCAGGCAGCGCACGGGACUCGAACCCGCACGGCCCUUUUAGCCGCGUCGAAAUUUUCCUAGCCUUAAGCUGCAAGGCAGCGCCAUCUCUUCGCAUUGUAGGUAACCCACAAUGUCAAAUGAAUACUUUUUCAAGUAUUAAACAUUUGAAAGAAGAAAUAGCAAUUAUAGUUAUGAUUUUAUUUAUUUUUUAAGCAUUUAACUGCUAGAUGUUUAAAUCUAAAGAAAAGUUUACUAGAAAAAAAAAAGGCACGCGGACCAGGCAGCGGACGGGACUCGAACCCGCAUCCUUCGCUAUCCGGGCGAAUGCACUGACCAUUAUGCUACCACGGCCCUAUUAGCCGCGUCGAAAUUUUCCUAGCCUUAAGCUGCAAGGCAGCGCCAUCUCUUCGCAUUGUAAGUAACCCACAAUGUCAAAUGAAUACUUUUUCAAGUAUGUGUGAUUGAAGAAGUGAUUUCUCGAAAACCGGAAGUGCUACGUUACUCAAAUCCGGUUUGUAGUAUUAUCAGACUAUUCUUAACUUAUAACUUAAACAUUAUCUUUAUCUAUCUCUUACGGUUUGGCCGCUGAAACAGCACCACAGACGGACGGACGGACGGACUUGUCUAAUAAAUAAGAGAUACUCGCUCAGAGACACUCGUUUAUCAUGUAAACUAUGUUUGCUGGGGCGACGCGACUUCCAAUAGUUAUACUUAGAGUAGAAUGCGGUGUACGUCAAGGCGGGCUAACAUCCGGAUCUUUCCUACUUGUAUAUGAAAGACUUAAUGAGACGGCUGAGGAGCAUCAAAAUUGGAUGUCACGUAGGUGUAGGGUUACUAUUUGAAAAGUCCUGACAAAAAGCCGGACAUUUCGAUAAAAGUCCGGAAAUUUUAGUCACAAAAUUCAAACAUAACCCACUUAGUUACAGUGAUAUUAUACGCGUGGUAGCAGACGCUCGCAUCGCUCGAUGGGGGUCUCAUUGUUGAUUUUUAAAGAUGAUUUAUAUUUUGUUUUAAAUUAAUUAGAACUUAAUAAAGAUUAUUUGACUAAUUUGAUAUAACUUAAUAAGUUGUGUUACUCAUAUUCCCUAUAAUUAAAAAAAGCCGGACAAACGGCAGAAAGUCCGGACGGAUGGUAACCCUACGUGGGUGGGACCUGUGUUAACAGUCUCAGUUACGCUGAUUACUUCUGAGUACUUCCAUUAAGGGCCUUGGGAAGCUACUUUCGGUCUGUGAGAAUUAUAUAAUAUCCCAUGGCCUGAAAUACAAUGCUCAUAUAGGGAUAUCGAAAGUUGAAAAAAAUAUCGAUAUAUCGAUACAUCGAUAUUUUAAAAAAUAUCAAUAUCGGCUUCGAUAUAUCGCGAAAAAAACAUCGAUAUAUCGAUAUAUCGGACCAAUUUUCCCAAAAAUAUAUUUAGAUAAGCCUAGCACAUUAAUAAUAACAAUACAAAUUAUAAUUGAAGAAAGAAUUAUCAAAGUACCAAAUUGCCGCCACACUACAUGACAGUACAGUAUCUCACGAAAGAUGACACGCGGAAUAAUAAUGGAACGAAAAUUAUCUACCUAAAAUAGACCCUAUUUUCGAAUGAUGAAAAUGAUUGCAGGACCUCUCAGGUGCCAUCUUUCGUAAACAAGACUAGACAGUCACACACUUCCACAGAAUAUAAUGGAAUUCAGCACAACCAAUUCACCAGCGAAACAGAUUUACAAAUCAUAGACAGUACUAAAUACAGCACAGAUCAUAGAUAUGUUGAAUAUCAUCAAUCUGAGAUCCAGUUACGAUUUUUCCAGAUACGAAUUUAGUUGGAUCGUGAUAUGCCGCUAAUAAUUAAAAAAUAUCGUUUUUGAUACGAAUUUCGAUAUUGGUUAUUUUGUAUCGAUGUAUCGAUAUAUCGAAUCAAAAUAUAUCGGCUAAUAAUAUCGAUAUAUCGAUACAUCGAUAUAUUUUCAACAUGCUCAUAUACUGAAAUGUUGGUAUUUAAAGCAGGAAAGAGUCCGGACACGGGCCUAAUGUAAAAUUAAACGGGUCACCUGUUCGAGUUGUAAGCGAAUUCAGGUACUUGGGACAUAUACUGACCGAAGAUAUGAAAGACGACCGGUACAUAGAGCGAGAAGGAAGGGCAAUGGCUGUUCGGGGCAAUAUAGUCGCUCGUAGGUUUAGUCGAUGUAGCAAGCAGGUAAAAUUAACGCUGUUUAAUGCGUAUUGUGUGUCACUUUCUACACCAGUCAACUGUGGAUGCGGUACAACAGGAGGUCGUAUAGUAGCAUCAGAGUAUAAUAUAAUGAUACUAGCUGUUCCAGCGAACUUCGUACCGCCAUAAAAAAUAGGGAUUGGUUGUAGAAGGGUGAAAAGAAGAUUGCUCAGCUUCUAUACAUGUUUGGCCUAAAGACCAAUAAUCAUGAAAAAUUGUUUCCUAGAUUCAAAAUUAUACAUAAAUUAUUGACGGGACACCCCUGAGAACUUCUAUAAACCAUAUACAUACACUAAAUGAUUUUGAGGUUAUGUUUGCAAAUAGGUACAUAGGUAUUCAAAUAAUAAAAAACAAAUAAGUUAUAUAGCAAACUAGGGAAAUCAAACCAAGUUCGAAAUUAUGUAUUAGAUUCAGGUAUAUAAAGCAUGUAGAUUAAUAGAUUGCCUGUUUUUAAAGCUUAUGCAUAAGAGUAACUUUUAAAAUCACGUAUCAUCUAUGCAUUUCCGGUUAUAAUAAGGUACUCUGUGACAGAAUCUGUGUGUGAAUGAGCCACAGAUACGAUAGAAUUUAUACACUCUGGUUAACUAAAGAAAGCUUAUUAUUGUUGUUAUGUUUAUAUUAUAACCAUAUUUUAGAUUUUUAGUGUAUCACACCUUAUAAUGUGUUUAUGGAGGUGUUUGGCGAAAAAUGUAUGGAAAUAGACUUUAUGAUGUCGCCUACCAUCUAUAAUAUUUGUCUUAGCCUUAGAGCAUUGCAUGUAGUAAAAAUGAUAAUAUACUUGUGGAUAUUAAUACCACAGUGUAACAAAAAAAUGUUUUAUUUUAUCGAGCUUUACAAAAUAGAUUUGUUUUGAUGUUAUAUAAAGAACUUCGAUCAGUCUUUGGCUGAAUGUUACAACACCCAUAGCCAUCAAAAAUGAUUCGUAUGUUUUCCAAACCGGUAAAAUUAAGUCCUUUUUACUUUCCUUAUUAUACAAAGGUGUCCGUAAAAAUCUAACGACUGUAAAAUAAAAUAUAAAUUACGCCAAGAAUUAUGGUAUAUGUCAAUAUUUUUUAUACAUUUGGGCCAAUUUGAGCAAUCUCCUUUAGGGUUGUAUGUAUUUUUGUAUGAUGUAUCAUAAAAAAAUAAAAAGUUUUGUCCAAAAUAGAAAAAAUUAUGUGUGAACCACCCUUAACAUUUAGGGGGGUGAAAUAAAGAUGUUGUCCGAUUCUCAGACCUACUGAAUAUGCAUAUAAAAUUUCACGAAAAUCGGUCGAGCCGUUUCGGAGUAGUUCAAUUACGCACACCGUGACACGAGACUUUUAUAUAUGAGAUUCUUCGUAUCUGCCGAGAUUUUGCAGUGCUUCUACAAUGUUUGCGGAGGCUGGGUAUCGGACAUCUAUGCUGUUAUUAGGGCGCGCAUAGCUUCUUUUUGGGAAGGAUUGCGUUGCUCUGGUAACGACAUACUAAAAUGCAGGGUUGCACUGGAUAAUUAUCGUGAUAAUUAUCAAGAUAAUUAACGUCUUGAUAAUUAUGAGUAACUAAAUUGCAUUAUAUUUAUUUAAAACAUUAAUAAUAGUAUACUUUUUUAAAAAAACGUAGUUUCAGACUCUCAGGUUUUAGUAAAAAAUAGGAAAAAAUUUUCAUUUAUAUACAUGUUAUUUGAUUUGAUAGUUGGAUAAUUAUCUGAUUAUUAUCAGAGAAAAUAAUUAUCUUGAUAAUUUGCAACCCUGCUAAAAUGUUUGUACGCUGAUCUUAACAAUAAAAUUUAUAGAUAUUGGCUUUCUGUGCACACUGAUGGGAAUUGCAAAUAGACGAUUGACUUUAUUUUAAGUAAUGGCAAGUGUAUUUUUAAUUAGAUUUUAUAUUAUAUAUUGUAUCAUGUUUUAAAUAUGGGUCUUAGCUUCCUGCAAUAAAUAUUUUAUUAUUAUUAUCUAGUAAAAGUUUUCUUUAUAAGUCUAGUAAUAAUGUUUUAAAGAAAAAUAAAAUAGAUGUCUGUCACAGUUUAUUCUCAUUCAAACUUCGGUCAUACGCAUACAUUACUGUCUUACUAUAUAAUAACAACAACAGAGUCAUCAUCAUUUCCUUCUAUGUCUAUUUAUUUUCUUUUUACUCCUGUCCACUUUGCUGUCUGUCGCAAGCUCUUGUUGGAGUUUUUUCAACAUUUGCGGUGUGAUCAGUC